CACAGGGAAAAGCCCAAAGAUUCAGAAGCUCAGAUUGCUGGCAUCGGUCCCUUUUCAUUCACACCUUUUUUCUCUACUGUUCUUUCGCUCUGUGCCGUAAUCAUUCCUUGCUAAGUUUUAUCCGUAAAAUAGGGCUUCUUUCUUUUUUCCCAUAAUCUCAUUAGUUGGCACUUGCACAUCAUAUUACUAUGGCGGACGAAUUUGAUAUUUACGGCGACGACACUUUCGACCAGACGGACGAUAUCCUAGAUGAGAUUGUCGGAGAACCUUCAGCAAGGGAAUCAAAGCGACGUAGAACAGCACAACCUCCUCCUCGUGGGGCCGACGAUGAUCUUUUCGACGAUUUUGGCGCUAACGUAAAGGAUGACAAGCCCCAGAAACAACACAACGGACGAGCAAACAGUGUACAGUCAGACGAUUACAAACACGAGUAUAAACACAAACCGCCACAUCACAUGCAUGAUGGUAGCCGAUCACAGGACGCCUCACCUCACAAAUCUCCAAUGUCUUUACCCCAUUCCUCCAGCAGUCAUCGUAGCUACGUAGAUCCCUUAUCCGCCAAACGCGAACCGUCACUGGCAUUGGCUAACUUGCGAAACGUGGUCAAUACACCUACCUCAUGCAUUUAUAUCGGUGAAUUGGCUUGGUAUAUUACGGACGAAGAUGUGAAGGCUCCUCUGAAUAAUGCAGGCAUCGGGGCAGAAAUGAAAGAACUGACCUUUUUCGAACAUAAAGUCAACGGCAAAUCACGAGGUGUGUGCUUUGCUGAAUUCACGAGCGCGGAAGCCGCUUCACAAGCCAAAGAGAUUUUGGAGACAACAGAGUUCGGUGGGAAACUUCCUGCCGUUAGUUUCACGACCUCUACCAAUCCUUUCAAACAUUUACCAAAAGAACCCGUGUCAAAGACUCAAAGAGUGCAGCAUACACCUCGUAUGAAUAAUUCGGUACCAAUGAUGGGAGCCAAUGGUGGCUUCAAUCCCAUGAUGGGAGGAUUUAAUCCUGGAUUUGGCGGUGCGAUGAAUAUGGCUUACGGUGGCUUCCCGAUGGCUCAAGCUGGAUAUGGUAUGAUGCAGCAGAAUGUCCGUGGACGUGGCGGCAUGCGUGGUGGCAAUCCAUACAUGAAUCGUGGGGCCAGUAUGAUGGGAAGAAGUGGUGGAAAUUACAUGAGCGAAGGAGCUGGCUUCGGUGGCGGCAUGUAUAUCAAUCCCGCCUUUUUCGAACAGCAACAAGGAGGCGGAGGUUUUGGUGCCCAAUAAAAUUACCAUGUUGAAUUUGCAAUCUCUUUUUUAGUAUACUGAAGAGGUAUCUGUAAGA